UUGAGGGUUUUCAAAAGAUAUUUACAUUUUGGAAUUUCUUCAUUCUUAUGGAUGAAGAAAUUUAUUAUGUAAUGAUUUAUAAUAUACAUUAUAAAUCAGUUUAUCUAUGCUAAAAUUCAUAUUUUAACCAUCAAAGACUGAAAGAAAAGCUCUGGUAUUGAUGACCAGCAAACAACAGGAAUCCAGCUGAAAUUUAGUCUAACAAAAAAUCUAACCAAUAGGUAGAAGGGAUAAUAUUUUUAUUUGCUACCUGCACAAUUUAGGGCAUAUAUAUAAAGAUCAAUAAAGCUCCAAAAUCGUCAGAAUCGAUUGUGAAUUGUAGAGUGAUCGAGGUUGUUGUGUGAUUAAAGUGUUUUUUCCAAAAGAAUUUAUUUUCGAGCUUUAGCAUGAGUUCUCGCGUUUAUGUUGGUGGAAUCCCUCACGACACUCGUGAGAGGGAUCUUGAAAAGUUUUUCAAGGGUUUCGGGAAGAUAUGCGAUGUUUGGAUCAAGGAUGGGAGGUAUGCCUUUGUGGAGUUCGACCACCACCGCGAUGCCGAGGAUGCCGUAUAUAAACUUCAUGACACAAAAUUCCGGGGAGUUCGUGUUAGUGUGGAAAUGGCCAAAGAACGCCCAAGAGGCCGAGCAAGUAGGAAUAGAGAUAAUGCCAGGUUUAGAAAAGGAGGGCCGCCUGCCAGGACCAAUUACAGGGUUAUCGUGGAGAAUUUAUCUUCUGGGGUAUCGUGGCAAGAUUUAAAAGAUUAUUUGAGACCAGCAGGAGAUGUGUCAUUUGCUGAUGCACACAAGAAAUAUAAAAAUGAGGGUAUUGUAGAAUUCACCAGCUAUGAAGACAUGAAAUAUGCCAUUCGAAAAUUUGACGAUACCACUCUGAAGGGGCGUAAGAUCCGCUUGAGAGAAGACCGAACUAGUGGCAGUAGCAGAAGGUCACGAGUCAGAUCCAGGAGUAGAAGUCGCUCCCGAUCCAGGAGUAGGAGUUCUAGCUCCAGGAGCAGGAGAAGCUCAACGUCUAUGUCAUCUCGUUCACGUAGCUCCGGAUCCGAUCGGAGUAAGAGCAGGUCGCCGUCGAAAAAACGGUCUACCAAAAAAGGCAGGUCUAGGAGCGUCAGUAGAUCUGUGAAAAAGAGAUUGCAGAAGUCUCACUCUCGUUCUCAGUCUCGAUCAAAGAUUGUUUACGAUAAAAAAUCGACAUCACACGAAAAGGAAUUGACCCAUUUAAAAGCCAGAGAUGGUUCGAGAACUCGUGACUCCCGAUCCAGGGACCGCACUGAGAAGCAUUCUAUCAAAAGGUCUAGGUCCAGGAGCGCCAGUGGCACCGCCGAAAAAAAAUUCAAGAAUAAGUCGGUCUCUCGUUCUCGUUCCCGCGAGGAACCGGACUCAACAUCAAUACCCAAUGACAGACCGUCUCAAUCCAGGAGAGCCGCCAGCGUGGAGCGCAAAAAAUCCAGUAGCCCCAGCUAAUCUUAAUUUAAGUCUAUCGCAGUUCCAAAUUAUCUGUUCCCACAGACAAACAUAUUUUCUAUGUGGAAGGCUCUUUAUAAUAUCCACUUUAUUAUAUCAACAAAACAACUUUAAAAUUAAACUUAUAAAAACCAAAAUUUUUUUAAGUUUUGUGGUAUCAGUAGCGUACUCUAUCAUAUGACUACCGUAGCUCUGAAAAUGUCAGAACUAAUGUUCAUGUCCAAUAUCUGACUUAUGAACUCAGUCCUAAUAAAAAGGAGAGUCUAUUUUUUAACUGUAAUGAUAGCUUUAAAUAUUUUAUGUAAGUUAGGUAUUAAUAUUAUUAUUUUUUUUUGGUAGACGGUAUUUUAAGUUUAGAUAUAAAUAGGUUAAUUGGGUUUUAGAAUUAAGGAUUUUUUUUUUAAUAUUCAUUAUUUUUAAAAUUUAAAUAGAAGAGAGAUGUAAUAUAUGUUGCAAUGACAUAUA